AUGCUUAGACGCAACGCCUUGGCGUCGCAAGCGGGUAAGAGGGCGCUGAAAUCUCGCAGCGGGGAUGUUAUGUCAUCGCCGGAGGGAGCGCUGACCGCUCUGCUGAUCGCGUGCUGGGGGUGGAGGUCCUGGGCGCUUCUGUACUCCAGCUACUCGGUGGCCGACGCUGUGACGCCGAGGCGCGGGGGUGGGGCCACGUGCGCGGUCGCCGGCGCGCUGGUGCUCGCCUCGGUGCUGGUGCGGAUGACGCCCGCGGCGGACCUGCCCGCCCUGAGCCUCGCCAACCGCCUCCUGGGCGUUCCGUCCGAGGUGUACACGCUGUACUUCGCCCACAAGUACGUAGCGCCGGCGCUCGGCAGCCGCCGCUUCGCCGUGCUCCUGUACGCGCUGACCCUGUUCUCCGUUGUGGAGAACUUGUACUCGAUAUACUCGGACCUUGAGAGGCUGCAG